CAAGUUAUUUCCAUCGAGAAUUGAUUUCCUUGUCUAGUUCUUCUUUCUUUGCAUUUCUUCUUAGCUGUUCGAGUCAUUCUUAUCCGUAUAACUUUUCGCAUUCUUCUUCCUAAGCUUCCGUGUUGGGCUGCGCAUUGUGGCCUAGAAAACAGAGCCCCUUCCAUAUUUUGCGAUCCUUUACCUCUUUUCAUUCCCUUUCAUUCUUUUUGUUGUGACUUGAACUUUUUUUAUCGUUUUACGUGAACUCUGCACUUUUUUUUCCGACCAAAACCAACCCUCUGCCACGUCUAGAGCGUGAGAAAAUCGAUAUGUGGUCUAAAAGACCGUUCCACAAGUCCAAACGGCCCUCGAUCAGCGGCCCCAUAUUGAGCGGCAACCCACCCACCACAUCAGACCCUGUGCAUGAUAUGGUCGCAAAAAAGUUGCCCGCUCUGCCUGACGAUUUGCAUUCGUCGUUACAACCGAAUCCCGUCCCGCAUGAUGAUAUCAAUAAGAGACACUCGGAUGUCUCGCCUGCUGUUUCGCCGAUUGUUGAAGCUCAUCGGCGGGCAAGCCAAAGUAGUUUCUGUGUCUCACCCAUCGGCGAAGGGGACCCAUUUCCUGAUUAUGCGCAACAGGAGACUGGGAUCUCGUCAUCGCCAACUCCUAUUCCCAAGGUAGACUAUGUUGACACACCCUCUCAUUCCCGGGUUCAACCUGUCCAACCUGUCCAGCCUCCCCAGUAUGAUCAGGACCCCAGGCGAUUUAUCUCUGGCAAAUCGACGCGCUGGGAUAACUUUUCGGGCGAACCGACCUCGAGCGAUUUUGGUAGAGCUAGCCAGGUUGAUCCCCGUAACACCUCGUUCCACAAACCCCCCGGGGCUCAUUCGUCCAACCUACUAAACUGGGGCCAGGGAUUCAAUCCCAAGAAGACCCUCAACGCAGCUCGAAACCGGAUCAGCAGUUUCUCGAAGACCGAAGAUUUUUCGCAAAAGGAACCCAGAAGUAGAUCAUCGUCACGUGUGUUUCCAGUGGAAGAGCAUUCCAGCAAGCGCAGCGGAAACGGCGUGCUAAAGACGAGUCCCCAGCUCGAUAACUUUAGCUUCGCUCCUACAACUGUAACCACUAUCACCGCCGGUGGUCCAGUGUCAUUUCCCCGGAGACCGGCAACAGAGCACGCUCCAAGCCGCCUGCCAGAGGAGGAUAAGCCACUACUCAAGUUCGACAACGAUUUCAACGACAUGAUGCUCACGAGAAAUGAGCCCAGGAGCCGUUUCAGCGCAACUACAUACACAGCCACCGAACCCGGCAGUCAAGAUGCAAGCCCGCGGGAGAGUAUGCAACUCGAAACCCGAUCUACAGACGACGUAUCCACAUCUUCUAUCAUGGCUCGACGCCGCCCAGUCCCAAUCGGCGUGCCAACUUCGAAGAAGCAGCCUGUCUCGACCAAGCCCGUCCGAAAGCCCACUCCAUCUCAGGCCGCACAGCAAGGCGCGCAGAUGCCCGUGCAGUCGCCUUCGCCUCCACCCGAGAUACCACUAGAUGCGAAGGGCCGCAUUGAAGCAAUGGAGGCCAAGAGGGACGAUCUUACUCAGCGCAGAUUCAGUUUGGAGGCGUUGAUCCUUGAAUUGAAAAAGGUCAUUCAGCCUACUUCGGCUGUGUAUGACCUGGCUGCUAAAGCUGAGGCCCAGAAGAGCAUCAAGGGCAUCGAAGACGAGAUUGCGGAUAUCAAGAAAGAAGAGCAUGAUCUUGGUAUGAAGAUUUCUCGAGCGUGGCGUCGUCUGGACGAGAAGGAGAAUUCUGGCGAUGGCAAUAAUCUCUGGGUCAAGCGAGUUACUAGUUAGUGGAGGUUGGACUGGAUUGCUGUUGGAUUGUGAUUUGGUCUAUGCGCGGCUGAUCUUGAUCUCAUUUCUGAUGCUACUGUGGAUUUGUUAGCGUCCUGUUUGAUUCUACCUUUUUUUUUCGAGGCAUUUUGCUUGUUCUUUUUCCGAUAUUGGGGCAUGGUGGUUGUGUUUUGAGCGUUUGAUUCCCCUGCAUGGCAGGAUGAUACCCACUUUAUUCGGAAUUUGCCCAAGCUGUGGCGGUUUGUGUUGAUAUGUUUUGGCCUGAUUAAUCCCAUUGCUUUUUAAGGAAGUCAA